GCUGGGAGGUUGGUCAGCCGGGUUCUAGUCUCAAUGUCUCGCAGGGAGGGUAGCAGGUUCGCCAAUCGCAGGCCAGGCUCAGCAUUUCAAUCUCGGGCAACCGAGCCGCCUGUGCCUGCUGGCUUAAUUAAAACGGCCAGGAAAAGUGGACAGCUGAAUCUUUCCAAUAGAGAGUUGAGCGAGGUGCCUCAGAGCGUAUGGCGGAUAAAUGUGGACCCCCCAGAAGAAUCCUACUUGAAUGUCUCCUUUACUGCAAGUGACCGAUGGUGGGAUCAGACAGAUUUAACUAAACUUAUCUUGGCAUCGAACAAACUGCAAUGCUUAUCGGAGGAUAUUCAGCUCCUACCAGCCCUCAUAGUGCUUGAUAACAAAUGGUUCCAGGUCCACGAUAAUCUCCUGAGUUCGCUACCUUGUGCAAUUGGACAGCUGUCACAACUUCAGAAGCUCAAUAUUAGCCACAAUAAACUAAAGGAGUUGCCAGAUGAGCUGUGGAAUUUAACGAGUUUGAGAAGUUUGUAUCUUCAUCACAAUGAAUUGGAGCGGAUUCAAGAGGGCAUUGGUAAACUUAUUCAUUUGGAAGAGCUGGAUGUGUCCAGCAAUCAACUUACAGCAAUUCCAAGCACCCUUGGUGAGCUGUCCAGUCUACUUAAAUUCAUUCUGGCUAACAACAAACUGAAGUACAUACCCUUGGACAUUAGCAAAAUGAGAAGUUUAAAAUUGUUGGAUGCAAGUCAUAAUGAACUUGAAGGUGUUCCUUCGGAGUUAGCAAAUAUGGUGUCAUUACAACAACUUUACUUGAGGCAUAAUAAACUUCACCAUCUACCACAGUUACCAUCCUGUAAAUAUUUAAAGGAACUACAUGUAGGAAAUAACCAGAUUGAGUAUCUGGGCUCAGAGCACCUGAAAAAUCUAAGUGCUGUCACUGUGCUGGAGCUCCGCGACAACAAAUUGAAAUCACUACCAGAUGAAAUUCUUAUGCUUCAAGACUUAGAACGACUUGACCUCACAAAUAAUGACAUUAGCAGCUUGCCUUAUGGUCUGGGAAAUCUUCCUAAGUUGAUGUCUCUGUUGCUGGAGGGUAAUCCACUCCGUUCUAUUCGCAGGGAUAUUAUUAAUAGAGGAACUCAAGAACUUCUCAAGUACUUAAGAAGCAGAAUACAAGAAGAAACAACUGGCCAAGAUAAAAGUGAUUCAACAACAGCUAUGACUCUUCCCAGUGAAUCUAUGAUCAAUACAUAUGCCUUAGGAACACAGAAACUGUUAGAAUACAGUGACAGGAAAGCCACCAUUGUUCCUGAUGAAGUAUUUGAUGCCUGUGAUGGAGUUCCCGUCACUACUGUGAACUUGAGUAAAAACUUACUUACUGGAUUGCCUUCUCGGAUUUCAGAACUUAAGGCCACCAUCACUGAUGUAAAUCUUGGUUUCAACAAGCUUAGUUCUGUUUCCUUAGAACUUUGUACAUUGGAGCUUCUGAUUCAUCUGGAUCUGAGAAAUAACCUUUUGGCUUCCCUGCCAAUGGAAAUAAAACAACUACAGCAAUUGCAAACUGUAAUCCUUUCUUUUAACAGGUUUAAGGAAUUCCCUAAUGCCUUAUACCAUAUCCCAGCAAUAGAAACUAUUCUUAUUAGUAAUAAUCAGGUGGGCUCGAUUGAUGCUUUCCAACUGAUGCAACUCGACAAACUGACCACACUGGAUAUGCAGAAUAAUGAUUUAAUGCAGGUCCCACCAGAGCUGGGGAGCUGCGUAAACUUAAGUAUCCAAAGUGCCACUUUAUUUCAUGCAGAACACUCCUACUCGAAGGAAAUCCGUUUCGUAAUCCACGGGCAGCUAUCUUGGCUAGAGGAACAGCUGCAGUCCUGGAAUAUCUUAGAAACCGCAUUCCUACAUAAAUCUGUGCCUGGAAGAGGAAAGAUUGCUUUACUAAAGAUAUUGCAACUGAUUGAAGACUUAAUCAGGAUAAAGUAUUUAGGAGGCUUUAAAAGGAAAUUGUGGCUUGUUCCAUAAUAGUAAAAUAGUUGUUUCAAGAUUACGUUUGCUUUUAUAGAUUUUAAAGUUGACUUCAGUAGCCUCAUUUCAGUGCAGUUAAGUAUGAUGUACAUGAUUUAUUUACAUAAGAAACUAUUGCCUAGGUAUCAAUUUUCAUUGAGUAUGUUUGCAUUGAGGAUCUUCACACUUUUGCAUUGCAUGUCAAAUUGUACGUGCACUUUGCUGCAGCACGUGAUUGAAUCCUUUCAAUUUAGCACAUUAGUAAUGGUUUAUGCCUCCAAUGAGCAAUUAAUUGAACUUUUUUCUGAAGCUAUCAGGAUAGAAGUGCUUCUGAUUUCUUUUGAAUAUUGAGCUCCUGGAGUAUCUUAAUGCACUUUGUUAUGUAAGUUUCUGGCUGGCAUUUGGCAGUUUUGAAAUAUGCUGUGUUCUGCUGAUUAUUUGGGUGAUCCUGAUGUUUUUUAUUAUUAUUCAUCAUUGCUUCAAUACAUAAGAUAUUAUUAAAUUUGUGUUGAGAAGUUCUUCCUUGACAUGCAAACAUUUUUUUUUAAAGAAAAUUUCUCAGCUAGUUGUUUUCUUAUAGAUGCAUUAGGACAGGUGAUUUAUUUAAGACCACUCGUGCCAUAUACUCAAAUUCUACAUGCAGUGAUCUUCCAGACUUUGUGAUCCCUUUAGAAUCCGGUUUCAACCUUUUAAAAGAAAAAAGUUCAGAUAUGGUUUGAUUGGUUAUGAAUUUUACUUUAAAUAGAAUCUGCUUAUGCUUACCAGUUUCCCAAUAGCUAAAGGCAACGUUAUCAUCUCUGAGGCACAUAGACUUGGAGUGCACAAUGUUCAAUGCCUUGUCUGUGCUGAAUUGUGAUCUGUGCAAGGAUGGAAGUGGAGGUGUAAUACUUGGUUGCACUGCCCUAGUUUAGGAAAAUCAGCUUUCUUCUCCUGAUUUCUAGUGACACCAAUUUGGAUAGUACUUAAUAAAUGUGUGUAAUUAUAAGGUAAAGGUAAAACUGAAACUAGCUGUCCUGACUGACUGGCUUAGUGUACUUGCGCAUAAAGACUAAAGGAAUGUCUGACUCCUUUAUAGGCUGCAAUGGGUAAAAUCAUACUGCUUUUAGGGAUUUUUGUUUGAAGUCAGAACCAAAAAUAUGUCCUAUUAGCGAUGAUAUUGCCUGGCCAUCCAAAUGUGGACAUCCAGGUAAGGUGGUUGAAGGUGUUUCUGCAUAUGUUUGAAAUGUUAAAUUAUUCAUGGUCAUAACCUUCAGUGUAUCAUUAUAAAGGGUACUAGGAUGAUCUGAAGCUGCACCAGUAGCCCUGUGGCAGAAAGAAAGCUCUGGUGGAGAGAGAGACAAACAAGUCUUUUCUGGCUUACCACUGGAAUCCCCUCCAGGGAUCUGCUGAACUUUGCAUGUAGCAUGGGGCCCAUCCAUCCUCAAUAAAAAUUUGGCAGUAUUCCCCAAGCAGCCAGCUCUUUGGCUGCUGCUAGCUUUUAUUUCCCAUCAUCAAAUCACCCCAGGUCUUUUUUUUUCAAUCUAUUAACCACCUUCAGUAAAUGACCAUGUUUCCAUUGAAUAAUUUAUGUGCAAAGCCCGUUAAGGGCAAUGCAAAUCAUGAAAGCUGAAGGGGCCUGGGAGUGGAGGGAAGGGGGCUAAAUCAAAAUGGAGUCUGAGGGGGGCUGCUGGCAGGUCAGCUAUUUCCAUUGAUUAUUUGCAUCUGGUAAGGUUGACCAUAGGCAGGAAAUCAAAUGCAUUUUCACAUUGUCCCACUGUCUGCUAGCUGUUAAAACCACCUCCAUGUAACUAGCAAGAUUCUGCCCUAAUUUUUCUGGGGUGAAAAGAUGAAGAGGAGUAAAUUUACAUUUCUGAUGUUGUAAUGGAGGUUUACAAAGAGGUUAACUUGUAGGAAAAUCUGAGUAAAGAAAAAUAAUCUUUUGAUUUAAAAUAUUCCACUGUAAACCGUAAAGGGAUAGCAAAAGCAGAAGUUGCUGGAAAAUCUCGGCAGGUCUGGCAGCAUUUCUGAAGAAAAGUCAGAGUUAACGUUUCAGGUCCAGUGACCCUUCGUCGGAACUGUUCUGAGGAUGGGUCACCGGACCCAAAACGUUAACUCUGAUUUUUCUUCAUAGAUGUUGCCAGACCUGAUGACCUUUUCCAGCAAUUUCUGAUUUUGCUCCUGAUUUACAGCAUCCGCAGUCCUUUUGGUUCUUAAACGGAAAGCUGUUGUUUUCAAUAUGAAACUGAAUGCUGGCCUAUGAAAGCUACUUAACUUUAGCUUUGAAGGUUCAGUCCCCAAUCCUGGUUUAGUAAAUCAAAGAUAUAAAUUGUAUGUCUUACAUAGGUUAUGAUUGCCAAGACCCUUUGAAACUCUCAUGAGAAUAUGAUUUAAACAGUUUAAAAUACCAGGAAGAUUUAUGUAGAUAUUAGUUUUGAAUCCAUCUUGACAGUUCAUCUAACUGCGUUCACGGAUUUUCAAGCAUUCUUGUCUUACAGAGAAAUUAUUUCCUUCAAAGCAUCAAGUCUCCUUCACAUUUUUUUUCUAUUCUGCAAAUACCUGUUACUGUGAACUUUGACAUUCCUACCUGACUCUGGUGCUUUAUAAAUUCUGUGCUAUGUCUAUGUUGGAACAGAAUUCUAAAUUAGGUAAAUUUAUACUUCAAAUGUUUGUGAAAUUCAACAACUGCACUCUAGGUGUAGUUGCAAUGUUAUUCGAUCAGUUGCCAAGAUGGGAUUCUGUUGAAGAGUUGAUCAGAAUCAUUUGAAACUGCUGUUAAAAAGAAUGGUGUUGCUUGGCACAGCGAGAUAUGACAGUAACAAUUUGUUAUUAAAUUUUGAAAUUUUGGCAAGCCAACAUGCCUGCUGUUCUAGGGACUAAACUUUUUUUUUCCCUAAACACUGUAUUGUGGUGCUGUAACUAGAUAACUUGUGUAAACUGCCAAUGUUGCUCAAAUACUAUUGGCAGUGUUUUAUUUUAACAAAACUCUGACUGGUACUUGGUCAGUCAGCUUACAGAUAAAUUCCAUUUUCUUUAAUGCCUUUACAGGUGGAAAAUUUGGAAAGGUUUAAUGCCUUCCAAAUUACUGUACUGAUCUCUGCCAUUCCUCAAAAGCAUCACUAUCUUUAAAUGUGGAGGUGACUCGUGACAAUUUUCUUAAAAGCUGUUCUCUAUAGGUUGCAUUUGAAAUUGUAAUUUAAUGCUUUCAAAUAACACAACUAUUUGAUUUAUAAAAUAAUUUUUGUCCAAAACAAGAGUUUUGUUUUCUAUACCUUUUUGUAAAUUCUUGAUCUUUGAGCAAUGAUGUUGUGUUAAAAUUGUGCAUGCUGACAUGUAUUGUUGCAUAAAUGUAUACCACUGUAUUGGCCUGAUAAAAUUGGCAUUAAAAUAACAUUGAGUUAUA